GCUGACGGCAGCGCGUCGGAGGCCACACCGUGGUCUGCCAUGGGUUAAGCGAUUAAGUUUAGUUCGGGAGAGAUGGAUGAAGAGGGUAGAACAAAGUGAAGAGAGAAGGCAAAGAUGCGUGACAUUCAGCGCCCGGUUUAUUGGAGCUGUUCAAGAUAACCUUGGACUUCCGCGCACGGACCUGCACUGGUAAGCAGAAGGAAGCUAUUUUCAAUUGUAAGUCUCGCGGCGUAAGACUCUCAUAAAUUUGGAUUUGGAGGACGGUCGGAUGACCCGAGAAAGAUGGUAAGAUCCAAUUGCCUGAUAUGCCAUUACGACACCUCCUCUAGAACCAGACGGUCAGAACAGGCAGAACUUAGACUGGAUACGUUCUCUUUUAAGGUUGUUUUCAUCGCCUUCUCUUACCUGCUUGCCUCUUCUUACUUUUUACUUAUCUUCUCAAUCACCAUGGACUUACUUCUAUCCCCAUCGAACGAGUCUGAGCCUUCAUGUUCUGAGCUCUCACACUUUGAUGUCUUAUCAGUUGAAUCCGAGUCCGAGGGUCCCCCUGCACAACUUGCAAAAGAAGUGCAACACCAACCAUUCACCACCGAGGAGAGCCUAGUGAGCUGUUUAGAAUGCCGUCAGCAAGCCCUUAGCAAGACAAAACCCAGGACCAGUAUCUUGCCUUCACAUCUGUUUCCCCGGUGCAAUCAUCUAAACUAAGUGACGAUCGGGCGAGAACAAGCAAGUACUGUCGAUUCUCCUUUAAUAAAGAAACAGGACUCUUAAUUGCAAAAGUCAUACC